CUAUCUUUCCUGUUCACUUUAAACUUGUGUCCUCUCGCAGCCAUCAUACUUAUCAGCAUCUCUCAAGAACCUAAGCACCAACAAAUUCUCAGAUACUUGUGGGAAGUUGUGUUGAGGAAGGGAGACUCUGAUGUUGAAGUUUAUAUCACUGGAGGAUGGAAUGAUGGUGGUGGAAGAGGCCAUUGUGAAGGCCAAGAAGAUAAUGGAAGGGUACGAAAUGAAGUUCACCGGAGAAGAAUACCAGAGAUUCUAUGAAUGUGUGUAUUUCAUGUGUACUUCCCGUGGUUCUGAUGAAAAGACAGUGCGGAUUUAUGAGCGAUAUAAGAGCUGCCUGGAAGAGAGCAUCAAUAUGGUGUUGCCAUCGUUAAUAAGCAAAACUGAUGUAAAUUUGUUGAGGGAACUUGUGCCAAUUUGGUCAAAUUACAAGGCAAUGGCAAGGUGGCUAUGCCGAUUUUUUGAAUACCUUGACCGCUACUUUAUCCCUCAAAAGAAAGAACUUCCAAACCUUGAUAAACUCUCUGUUAAAGUCUUUCACGAAUUGGUUUUCAAAAAUUUGUAUUGUGAACUCCGGGCUGCUGCAUUAUCAUUGAUCAAGCAGGAACGCGAAGGAUUGCAGAUUGAUCAGGACCUGCUGAAGAAUGUCAUCUUUAUCUUUUCAGAAAUUGAUAAUUGUGGAGAAAUAAAAUAUUAUGCCAAUUUCGAGCAUGUUAUGCUUUAUGAAAGCUCUUCAUACUACGCUCAAUUAAGUUCAGAGUGGCUUUUGUCUGAUUCAUAUGCUGACUAUAUGCAAAAGGCCUUAUGGUGCUUGAAUCAGGAAGAAAAAAGAGCUAGUCAGUACUUGUAUCCUGACACCGGAGUUACGUUGCUACAGGUUGUCAAAUACAGAUUGCUGACAGAACCUGGUCUCAAAUUGGCUGAAAAGAAGCAAGCUGAAAAAAGUGGCUUUGCGACUGAGUUUCAGGACGUUCUGUCGAAAUGUGCCGACUUGAAUCUGGAAGGGGAAAGUUCAGCAUCGACACCUGAAGAAUGGAUGUCUGUUGUUAUGACAAAGGCAACGAAUACACAGUCCAAGUUUAAUUAAGGGUCUCUUACUUGGGUGUUCGUAUAAACCAUUUAAUGUCUUACACUUAGAGAAAAUAAGAUCAAUGUACGUAGUUUACUCAUUGACUAAGUUGGAUGUCAACUUUUAUGAUUGUUUAAACAUCCGACUAAAAGAUAUGUACUAAUUUGUGCAUCAAUUAUAUUAGGUGUGUUCUCUAUG